AUGAGCAGCCACCGUGCGAAUUCUGUAUCGGACGCUGAGCAGCGCCCGUGGGGUCCUCCGCGUGUUCGCAUCUCACGCGCAUGCGACCGAUGCAAGAAGAGAAAGAUUCGAUGCAGCGGUACCAAGCCCUGCGACACCUGCGAACGAGCAGCGACAACCUGUGCGUAUGCAGCCCCCUACAACCGCGGGAGGAGGCCGCCUCCAGUCGUGCAGGCACAGCAGAGUAACGCAUGGCCAUCGCAUGACGAACGGGCCGUGCAUUCGCCGGGUCUCUUGGAUGAAGCAAACCGGCACUCCGAACAUGGAGAGGUCUCCGACGAAGCCGGUCGCGCUCCCACAGGCGACCUGCCGUCUCGGGCGUCCCCGGGGACUGUAACAGACCUCCAAGGCCAUUAUAUCGGUCCAGCCUCCGGCGUGUCUUUCCUUGCGCGAGUCCAAAGCCGUUUGCAACAGAACCGCCACGCCUCGUCCAACUUUACGUUUGGCGAUGUCCCUCUUCCCGAUUUUGACCCCAUCCCGUCCGUCAUGGUCUCCAGCGAAGAAACAGUGCGGCUUGUAGACAGAUUCUUCAACUUCACUAUGCCCAUCGACCGUUUUUUUCACAGGCCAACCGUCGAGGCAUGGCGCCGAGAGUUCUGCGAGACCAUGGGCUGGAUGAAGGGUGGUGAUGAUGGCCCCGCCAGGCGAGCUGCCCUCUGGAUGAUAUUUGCAAUGGCACAGGAGCAUAUGGCCGAAGAUCCGAACACGGUGGAUGAUGAUAGAAGUAUACGAUAUUUUCUGGCGGCCGAUUACCAGCUUUCCAAAGGCAAGAAUACCAUUAGCCUUGUCACGGUUCAAGCGCGCCUCUGUCAGUGUUUCUGGCUCCUUUCGCGGUCUCGCCUGAAUCAUUGCUGGGAGCUGUUUGGGUCUGCUGCCCGCCUUGCCCUGGUGCUCGGUCUGCACCGCAAGCAGUCCCCAGCAUUGCAUCGACGCCCUGUUGACCAGGACUGUCAGCGGAGAACAUUUUGGAGCGCGUACUGUUUGGAUAAUCAUCUCAGCAUAACCUUUGGGCGGCCCCGGGUUUUCCACGAUGAUGAUAUCGACCAGGAAUGGCCGUGCGGCGCGAAUGACGAAGAUCUAUUAGUUGAACAACGGAGGAGCUCACAGCAGCCACAGGGUCACUCUGUCAUGCUUGCUCCAGUAGCAUACUACAAGAUGCAUUGUAUCGUGAGCAGGAUAUUAAAGGAUCUUUAUUCAAUACGCCCCAUGUCCAUCUCUAAGCAAUGCAGCUUAGCAGCAAAUUACUCACAAAUACUCAAGGACUGGCGUGAUACCGUUCCGCAGUUUCUGUCGACCGACCACCAGGAAUAUAUCCCCUUGAUCCCGAUAUUCCAGCGACAGCAAGAUGUGCUGAACAUCUCGUACUGGCACGCCAUCGUUCUUAUGCAUCGUCCUAUCCUAUUACGCAAGUUCGCUCUGAUACAGCAGGGCAGAUAUGAGAAUGCAACCCACGCGGAGAUGGAAAGUAUGGUGAGCGAAUGUCUAGUUGCAGCAUUACGCAUAAUCGAGCAGGUAGAGGCCAUGUUCCAGUCCAAAGUAAUGUUUCGCUCCUUCUGGGGUACAUGCUAUUAUGGCUUCUCGGCUGCGGUCGUGCUGUACGUAUAUCCGAUUUUGGUAGGCUCGACAUCCCCAGACACCUACCAGGUGUACUUAGAUGCCGCGAUUCGAUGCCAGAAUCAUCUUUCCCGUAUAACGCCAAGUGACUCACUGCUGUCUCGCUACUGCCUGGUGCUGGAGGAGCUACGACUGGAGGCGCUGAAAUGGACCCAAGGUGGCUGGGCGCCGCAGCUAAUGAACCAGGAGACCACACCAACCGCCACUGAAACCUUGUCCAUUGAGAAUAUUAACAGCAUUUUGUACGCACCACUCACUUACUCCGAGGUAUAUGGAACUGCGCUUGCCUUUGAGGGUGGUGCGGAUGGUCUUUCGCAAAGCCUCCCUGGUUGGCCUCAACCUCAACCUUUGACUAGUGACCUUGCCGUAAUGUGGUAG